ACACACACACAAAAAUAUAGCAGUCGUCAUUGAACAUGAUUUAAGGAAAAGGAUUCUGAAAUUGCUAGCUAAUUUGAAAAAUGGCUAAUGCAGCAGGCAUUAACAUGGUGAGUGUUCUUGAGCACCACCGUGUGUCGCCACCACUUGAUCCUUCCGUCACGGUAAAGCUCUUACCCCUCACUUUUUUUGACAUGAUGUGGCUAACCUUGCCCCCUCUUAGCCGUGUGUAUUUCUAUGAUUUCCCACGUUCUACAUCUCAGUUUAUUGAAACGGUUGUUCCGCCUCUUAAGAAAUCACUUGCCCUGGCUCUUAAAUACUAUUUUCCUUUGUGUGGUAAUCUCAUCAUUCCCACAAAUCUUACCAGUAAUACCACCCCUGCAAUUCGUUACUCAAAUGAUGACUCAGUUUCACUAACUAUAGCUGAGUUCAGUGGUGCUACUUCCAAAGGAUUCGAGCAUCUCUCCGGGAAUCAUCCUCGGGACGUUGAUGAGUUGUUUGCACUUGUUCCUCAACUUCCACGAGGUGAUACUGAGAAGGUAGGUGAGGACGGGUUCUGUAAAGCAGUUGAAGAAAUAAACAAGGUCCUGGAUGAAAAGAUUAACAAUAAUGAGGGAGUUCUGAAAGGUUUAGAGACGUAUUUUGAUGACAUUAAAGCUGCAAAAGGGCCAGCACUCGGGGUUGCUGGAUCGCCCAAAUUUGACUAUUAUACUACAGAUUUUGGUUGGGGAAAACCCAAAAAGUAUGAACAUGUUACCGGCAUUUGUGUGACCAGAGAUUUAAAGGGAGAUUUGGGGAUCGGAAUUUGCUUAUCGAAAAAUGAGAUGGAUUUGUUUACUACUUCCUUUAUCCAGGGAUUAACCAACUAAUGCACUGCUGCUUCCUUUUUAUUAGCGUUUUAUGUAUGUAAUUAAUAAGAUCUCAAUAUUAAUUCAAUAUUACGUGCUUGUUUGUUGUU